AUGGGCCGCCGCAAGGUUUCCAUGGGGCUCAUCCCGAACCGCCGCGUGCGGGUCUCCACGUUCGGCAAGCGGAAGGAGGGGCUCAAGAAGAAAGCGAACGAGCUCUCCGUGCUCUGCGGCGUCGAGGUCGCGCUCGUCGUGGCCCCGGCGCCGGACGGCGACGGCGGCGCGGGGGCGGCCACGGCCAAGGCGGACGUGUGGGAGUCCAAGGAGGGCGUGCUGGCCCGGUACCGGGAGCUCGACCCGGAGCUGCGCGCGCGGCACACGUUCCGGGAGUACCUCUACGCCGAGCUGGGCAAGGAGGAGGCCAAGCUCGCCCGCGUGCGCCAGGCCGGGCCCGACGGCCUCGACUGCUGGGACAAGGCGCUGGACGGCGUCGACACCGUGGAGGAGGCGCAGAAGCUGCUCGACGCCAUCGACGCCGCCAUACAGGCCGCGGACGACAGGCGGAGGGCGCUGGGCAUGCCGGUCGACGACGACGAUGACGGUGGCGCCGGGAUCGUGCUCGAGGGGAUCGCUCCGCUCAACUCUGCGCACGUCGACGACGGCUACCUGCUGCACGCGCUCGGCGGCAACGUCGACGCCAACGACCAGGCCAUGGCCAUGUGGGGCAAUAACGGCUUCCACCCGUGCAGCGCCACCAACAUGCAGUACGGGUUCCAGCAAUUCAACAGCAGCAACGUCGCCAUGGAGGGCUACGACCUGCAGAUGGUGCCGGACAUGUACAACAACGGCGGCCUCGCCACGGACGCCUACCACUACCAGACGCGCCAUGCCGGCACAAUGCAGCACGGCUACGUCUUCCCGUGCGCACGUGCCAGCGCCAGCUACUUCGGCAUGGCUCCUGGCUACCAGAUGCAGCAGGUGGUCGGCAGUGGCGCUAUCCAUCCCAACCUGGCCAUGUCGAGCGCCGACGAGCCACGACACGCCAUGGCGCCAUUGCCAGCACUGGAGUACCCCUCAGCCGACACUAGCCUCAACUACAUGGACACGCAGGCGACACACGGUGUCCACGGCGGCAGCGGUGGCACGUCCUUCGCUAUGGACGCCAGAGGCAACUUCAUCAACGCACCACCAGCCUUCUCCGUCGCCAUGAGCACCGGUGGUGGCGGCGGCAACUUCAUCAGUGCGCCGCCAGCAGCACCUUCCCAUACCAUGGGCGGCACCAGCGACAACGUCAAGCCAGCCCAGACCCUCGCCAUGAGCUACGGCGGAGACAUGACAAUUGCCGGCAGGUACGCGACGCAGUCCGGCAUGGAGCAGCUGCAUUACCUCGGUGACCUGGAGGACACGCAGCCGAACCUAUGGGGAAACUAA